CCGCUCUCCGGUUCAAAAACUUUGGUUCCUAGGCCGGCUGCUAGCAUUUAAAGCACGAGUUCGCCUUCCGGACACGUUAUUGUUGCAUCAGCAUCCAACCAUUCAGCACUGUGGCAAUGUCGACCUCAGGAGAGCCAGCCUUUGAGUAUGGCUUCUUGCUACAGAUAAAAGAGGAGGCCACGCUGGCUGUGGCCCUGAAUGACUACCUAACCUCACGCAGCUACCUGGCUGGGUUCAGCCCCUCCCAGGCCGACCAGAAAGCCUUUAAGCUCCUCUGCAGGCCCCCAGAUCCACAACAUGUGCACGCUCUGCGCUGGUACAGACACAUAGCAGCCCUGCAGCAGGACCUCAGCUCUGAGAGCAGCAUGAAAGGAAAGCGGGUUCAGCCCUCAUGGUCUCCACCAGCAGGAACAGGCAUUCCCAAGCUUGUCCUCUACAACAGUCUGACCAGAGCAAAGGAGCCCUUUGUUCCCCAGAAAGGGAACAAAGUGACAUGGUACUGCUGUGGACCAACUGUGUAUGAUGCCUCACACAUGGGACAUGCCAGAUCCUACAUAUCUUUCGAUAUUCUGCGAAGGAUACUGAGGGACUACUUCAAGUAUGAUGUUCUCUAUUGUAUGAACAUCACUGACAUUGACGACAAAAUCAUUAAAAGGGCUCGGCAGAACUACCUCCUGGACCAGUACAAGGAGAAGCAGCCAAAUGCUGCUCAGAUACUGCAGGAUGUCCUGAGUGCCAGAGGGCCCUUUCAGGCCUAUUUGGCUUCGACCACAGACCCAGAUAAGAAGCAGAUGCUGGAAAGGCUGGACGCUGCUGUGACUGCUGCUCUGCAGCCUCUGCAGGCAGCAAUGGAGAACAAAGAUGAAGCAGCAGAUUCUCUGGCCCAGGUGCUGUUGGAGAGCUCCAAGGACCUACUGGCCGAGUGGUUGGACAGACAGUUUGGAAGUCAAGUCACAGAGAACUCCAUCUUCUCCACUCUCCCCAAAUACUGGGAGGGGGAGUACCAUAAAGACAUGGAAGCCCUGAAUGUCCUUCCCCCUGACGUCCUCACUCGGGUCAGUGAGUAUGUGCCUGAGAUUGUGGAGUUUGUGGAGAAGAUUGUCUCAAAUGGUUACGGGUAUGAAUCAAAUGGGUCUGUGUACUUCAACACAUCCAAGUUUGAUGCCUGUCCUCAGCACUCAUACGCUAAACUUGUGCCAGAGGCAGUCGGAGAUCAGAAAGCUUUACAAGAGGGAGAAGGUGACCUGAGCAUCUCUGCUGAAAGACUGAGUGAGAAAAAGUCCCAAAAUGACUUUGCCUUGUGGAAAGCCUCCAAGCCAGGAGAGCCUUCAUGGGAUUCUCCAUGGGGGAAGGGGAGGCCAGGAUGGCACAUUGAGUGUUCAGCCAUGGCUGGCUCUAUCCUGGGAGAGUCCAUGGACAUCCAUGGUGGUGGAUUUGACCUCCGGUUCCCCCAUCAUGACAACGAGCUGGCACAGUCUGAGGCUUAUUUUGAGAAUGAUCACUGGGUCAGAUACUUUCUGCACACUGGCCACCUGACCAUUGCAGGCUGCAAGAUGUCGAAAUCACUGAAGAAUUUCAUCACCAUUAAGGAUGCCUUGGCAAAGAACACAGCUCGCCAACUCCGUCUGGCUUUCUUAAUGCAUUCCUGGAAGGACACCCUGGACUACUCUUCCAACACAAUGGAGUCUGCCGUCCAGUAUGAGAAGUUCAUGAAUGAGUUCUUCCUGAAUGUCAAGGACAUACUGCGUGCUCCUACAGAUAUCACCGGUCAGUUUGAGAAGUGGGAGGCUGCAGAGGUGGAGCUCAACAAAGGUUUCUACGACAGGAAGUCAGCCGUCCAUGAGGCUCUGUGUGAUAACGUGGACACUCGCACCGCCAUGGAGGAGAUGAGAGUGCUGGUCAACCAGAGCAACACCUACAUCGCCAGCAGGAAGAACGCCAAACUGAGGCCCAACCGCAUGCUGGUGGAAAGCAUCGCUGUGUAUCUCACCAACAUGCUGAAGAUCUUUGGAGCUAUUGAAGGAUCAGAUGCUAUCGGUUUCCCCAUGGGAGGACAAGGUCAGAGUACAGAUCUGGAGAGCACAGUCAUGCCGUACCUCUCUGUGCUGUCUGACUUCAGAGAGAACGUCCGAAAGAUUGCCAGAGAGCAGAAAGUGACUGAGUUGCUGCAGCUCUGUGAUGUGGUCCGUGAUAAUACAUUACCGGAGCUUGGAGUCCGACUGGAGGAUCAUGAAGGCCUGCCCACAGUGGUGAAACUGGUGGACAAGGAGAUAUUGCUGAAGGAGAGAGAGGAGAAGAAGAAGAUGGAAGAAGAGAAGAAAAUGAAGAAGGAAGAGGCUGCCAGGAAGAAACAAGAACAGGAGAUGGCCAAACUUGAAAAGAUGAAGAUCCCCCCAAGUGAAAUGUUCCGCGCAGAAACUGACAAAUACUCCAAAUUUGACGAGCAGGGUUUCCCCACUCAUGAUGCUGAGGGGAAGGAGCUCAGCAAAGGACAUUCGAAGAAGCUGCGCAAGCUCUACGAAGCCCAGGAAAAAUUAUACACCGAGUAUCUGGAGAUGAACCAAAAUGGCAACUGAUUCUGUUCAGAAACAGUCCAGUCCAUCCACUCUUGCAGAAUAAAUGUUUAGGCCACAGAUGCCGGGUCAUUGUUUGUCUCCUGUACAUCUGUUUCAGAUCAGAAAACAAAAAAACUGCAAGUGAUUUUUAUAUUUUUAUUUUUUCAGUGAAUUAAUUUGAAUGAAUUUAAAAUGAGGGUUAAAGUUGACACUUCAAAACCAAACUCCAUGCAUCAUUUCUCAAAAUGGGGUGUAGAGAACGUGGAGAGAGUCACGUCUGAGGGCGACUGCUUUAUUUCUGUGUCGUCAUCCCCACACAACAGCAAAAACAUGGCAAUAAAUGACGUGAGGUUUUAAUGGUGUAACAGUGAAGCAGAGUGAGGACAAAUGUCAGCUUGAAGUGUUUUUAAAGGUUUUCAUUGAGGCUCUGUAUCACUGCUGUUAAAGGAUUAAAUCAUUUUUUACUGUGAUUUUACUGUAAUUUACAAAUUAACAGUGAAUCAAUAUUUAUGGAUUGGAAUUGGCUGAAGUUUAGUAUAGUUUCCAACAAACCAAGGAGAUUUAUUUGAACAGUCUAAAAUUCAAAGAUGGCUAACAGAAACAUCAACUUGUCACAUUUGAGAAACUGGGACCACUUAAUUAUUUUUUUAGCUUUCAUCAUUUUCAUUAUACAAAGUCAUCAUUCACCCUCUGUAGAGCUGCAUUUUUUUUACAUUUAUUUUUUCUUAAGAAUGUUGAUAUAUAUACACAAACGUUAGCAGCUGAAUAAAAUGAAUAAUCAUCGUUAUAUAAACAUCACCUUCAGUUACCUGUUGACGUGAACCUGCUGUACUCACUUUUUUACAGACUCUUAAAGUGCUAACUAAUACUGGCUGAGUGGAAAUAUAACAGAUAUCAAAUUAAAGUAACUGUUUUUUUUAUAUUUUCACACCACCUAAGUGAAGAUUUAUUGCUUGAUAUUUGAUGCAGUGCACAAAGAAAUCAGUAUGAUGCAGACAGGCUGUUGACUAAAUUUAUACAUUAAUGUAACUUGGCAGUAAAUCAUGGGCUGAACUUCAUCAGUCACCAAAGUGUUUUUGGUUCAUUCCUCAUUUACAGUUUUGUUAACUUCACUGGAUUUGUACAAUCUUCAAGAAUCAGGCCUUGAGUUAAUUUUAAGUUUUCAUACUGUAAUGAAUUACAUUGUCUCUCAACACUUUCUAACUUCCCUUUGUGUCUGUGGCUCUCAGCUCUGGGCCCAUUGGCUCACAUUGACGAUGUAAAACAGUUCUAAAAUUUAUAGGGGUUUUUUGUUUUGUUUUUUAACAGUUGAACAUUGUCAUCCUCAGACAGGAGGAAGUAGUGCAUUUCUGGGGGACUAUUUUCAGCAGAGGAUUAAUACACAUUUACUGCUCUGAUGGGUAUUUCAACAUCGGAGCUCUAUGGCACAAAAUUCGGCUAAUUCGGUCUUUUCAUGGGAUUUGUUGUCAAUAAGAAAAAUACAGAAGAUCUCCUUUAAAUCUGUGCAGCUGUUUUGUCAUCAUACUGGACGCAUAUAACUUCUUAAACGCUUUAUUAGUGUGGACUCCUGAGUGAAACCACAUGAAGAGGAGCUUUUUAUUACUCAGCCGUCCAUUAGGGUUGUUUAUAUCUGUACUGUUCAUGUAUUGCUGUUUCAUGGUGACAUGACACCAUGGCUGCAGCAAACACUUUACAGUGUGUGCUACUGAUGUGCUUUCAAGAAAUAAAAGUGGUCAAACAUUGUGUACUA